AUGGCCAAGCCUGUCCCUACCCGCCUCACCGUGGCCCCUGUGCUCCCAGACGAGGUUUUCACCUUAAACGCCGCCUACUUCGCCGACACAUACCCGCAGAAGGUCAGCCUGGGUGUGGGUGUGUACCGUACAGACGAUGGAAAGCCCUGGCCACUGCCGGUGGUCCGGAAGGCUGAGAAGGAGCUGGCGGAGGACGACGACCUUAUGCGACAUGAGUACACCGCGAUCGAGGGCGACAUUGCUUUCUUGCCGCUCGCGCAGGAUUUGAUGUUCGGUUUCACGGGACAGCAGGGUGAAGAGGAGGCCAAGGCACGCAUCGCUACCGUACAGACGGUCGCCGGCACUGGUGCCAACCACUUGGGUGCCCUGUUCCUCGCCCACCACAUGAAGCCCCCAACCGUCUGGUUGUCGAACCCCUCGUGGGCGAAUCAUAUGACCAUCUGGGAGCUGGCCGGUGUGCCUCGCAAAACCUACCCCUACUACCACGCCGCGACCCGGUCCUUUGACUUCGACGGCAUGAUGUCGACUCUCGAGUCCGAGACUCAGGAGGGCGACGUCGUCCUGCUGCACGCCUGCGCCCACAAUCCCACCGGCCUGGAUCCGAGCAAGGAGCAGUGGAUUGCCAUCGCUGACCUUUGCGAGCGCAAGAAGCUCUUCCCCUUCUUUGACUCCGCCUACCAGGGCUUCGCCUCUGGCUCCGUCGAGGAAGACGCCUGGGCCGUGCGCUACUUCUUCAACAACAAGCCCGACAUGGAGAUGUGCGUGGCGCAGAGCUUUUCUAAGAACUUCGGUCUGUACGGCCAGCGCGUCGGCGCUUAUCACUACGUGACCAAUCGCAAUGCUACUGCUAUCCGCGACGUCAUUGUUAACAACCUUUGCCACCUAAUUCGUGCCGAAUUCUCCAUGGGUCCCCGUAUUGGUUGCAGCAUUGUGAAGAAGAUCUUGACCAAUGACGAGCUGGUGGCCGACUGGCACCGGGACCUGCAGGUCAUGAGCUCUCGUAUCCAGUCCAUGCGCCACGCUUUGUAUAAUGAGCUGGUUCGCCUGAAAACCCCUGGCACCUGGGAGCAUAUUAUUGAGCAAAAUGGCAUGUUCUCCUACACUGGUCUCACCCCGAAACAAGUCUACGCCCUUAAGGACAAGUACCACGUCUACCUGCUGAAGUCUGGUCGCGCCUCCAUCAGCGGCUUGAGCCAGAAGAAUGUCGCCUAUGUGGCCCAGGCCAUCGACGAUGUCGUUCGGAAUUUCUAA